UAGCGACCGUUGAGCGUUUCUUUCUCGCUGUGUGCUGCAGAAAUAAAAAGAGACCUUCUCACAUUUCUCCCACCAGACCAGCCAGCAACACAAAACCGGGACCUAGCGGCGAGCCCCGUCCGCCUCUGUGAAAAAUCUGCAGGCACCCCAACCCCCAGACGGCGGAGCUUGCGGGUCGAGCGUAGCUAGAACGAAGCGUUUCUUCUUCUUUUUUUACCGCUUUAGACAUAGCUGGUGCUAAGGGGGGACACCCGAUGCUUUGCUCAUUGAGUGGGUUACUGAUGGUGUGUUUGUUGGCUGAGGAUCGAUCUUUAGACUUGAUGACGAGGCAUAGUCGCAGCCAUAAAAACAAAAUGAGGCUGUCAUGAAUUCACUGGUGGUGAUGUGGUUACAAAGUUUUUGUAGCUGGAGGACCUUGUCCACGAAGACAGCUUCUAAAAUAUUUAAAAGGGCCUGGCUGUUCUGUGCGAAUCGGUAAGAAGGGGAAAAGUUCCAGUUAACUGCAGAGAGGAAAUGCCCUUUCAUAUAAAUAAGGAAGGAAUGCCACUGGAACAGUGUUUUGACUAUAAAGGUUGAAGAUGAUGUAUCAAGAACAGCUCUCAAUAAACUGGCUUAUGAUCACCAGGACAUGAAAACCCCGUAAUGCUUUGGCGAUGACCUGCAGAAAUAGCCUCAAGAUCCUGUGGCUGGUUGGAUUCUACAGUUACCUCCUGGAUCUAACUGCAGAUAACCAUCAAACAAGCCUGUCUAAAAAAUCUGCAAGGAAAUCAAGAACUUAGGAAGUGUGGGGGUUGGGGGCGAAAACAGAGGCACAUAAAAUUUGCACCAAAGCUGAUGAUUUACCAUUCCGAUAUAAAAUCCACCAUCCGUCUGCAAUGGUGACAUGAAAAGCAUGCGGUGGGGUGAGCUGUAUCUUCAUGUUUUUCUAAGUUGCUGCUGCUGCUGGGUGUUGUUUACCCCUUUUUAAAGACCGCGCAGGAGAGCAGGAGCAUGAAUUUGUGUGGAAGAGUGCGGCGGCUGUUCCGGCAGCUAACGCUCCAAACGAGCCUACUGCUGCUCUUUGCCUUCUGCAUGGUGAGCGUCUUCGUCUCCGCUUACUUCCUGUACGGCGUCAAGCGGGAUCUGGAGCCGGCUGGCGACGGGCCGCCCCAGGACUGCGAUGAUCCCAAGGUCACCCCUUCCCGCCUGCUCCCUCUGAAGACCAUGAAGCCCGCGGACACCUCUCGCACAGACCCCGUCGUGCUGGUUUUCGUGGAAAGCCUGUACUCGCAACUCGGCCAGGAGAUUGUGGCCAUCCUGGAAUCCAGCCGCUUUAAAUACAGGACCGAAAUCUCCCCGGGGAAAGGGGACAUGCCUACCCUUACAGACAAAGACCGGGGCCGCUUCACUCUGAUCAUUUACGAGAACAUCCUCAAAUAUGUCAACCUUGACGCCUGGAAUCGAGAGCUGCUAGACAAAUACUGUGUUGAGUACGGAGUGGGAAUAAUUGGUUUCUUCAAGGCCAAUGAGAACAGCUUGCUUAGUGCCCAGCUGAAGGGCUUCCCGCUUUUCCUGCACUCCAACCUGGGCCUGAAGGACUGCAGCGUGAACCCCAAGUCACCCCUUCUUUUCAUCACUAAAGCCCACGAGGUGGAGCAUGGCCUGCUGCCCGGUGAUGACUGGACCAUCUUCCAGUCCAACCAUUCCACCUACGAGCCGGUGUUGCUGGCUAAAACCAAGUCCGCGGAGAGCAUUCCCCAGCUGGGGGUGAGCGCUGCGCUCCACACCUCGGUGGUGCAGGACCUGGGGCUACACGAUGGCAUCCAGCGUGUCCUCUUCGGCAACAACCUCAACUUCUGGCUCCAUAAGCUGGUCUUUGUCGACGCCGUGUCCUUCCUGACUGGCAAGCGGCUCUCUCUGUCCCUGGACCGCUACCUUCUGGUGGACAUUGAUGACAUCUUUGUGGGCAAGGAGGGUACACGCAUGAAAGUCCCAGAUGUCAAGGCUCUGCUGGAGACACAGAAUGAGCUUCGCACCUAUGUUCCUAAUUUUACUUUCAAUCUAGGCUUCUCAGGGAAGUUUUUUCACACAGGUACAGACGAGGAGGACAAGGGGGACGACCUCUUACUGUCGUAUGUAAAGGAGUUCUGGUGGUUUCCCCACAUGUGGAGUCACAUGCAGCCACAUCUCUUCCAUAACCAGACAGUAUUGGCUGAACAGAUGAUCCUCAACAAGAAGUUUGCCACUGAGCAUGGCAUCCCCACCAAUAUGGGCUAUGCAGUAGCCCCCCAUCAUUCUGGAGUGUAUCCCGUGCACGUGCAGCUCUACGAAGCCUGGAAGAAAGUGUGGGGAAUCAAGGUGACCAGCACAGAGGAGUAUCCCCAUCUGAAGCCUGCUCGCUUCCGCCGGGGCUUCACUCACAGCGGCAUCAGUGUUCUACCAAGGCAGACCUGUGGGUUGUUCACACAUACCAUCUUCUACAAUGAAUACCCAGGGAGUCCCAAGGAACUAGAUAAAAUGAUUAAUGGGGGGGAACUCUUCCUCACUGUCCUAUUGAACCCAAUUAGCAUUUUCAUGACCCACCUGUCUAACUAUGGGAAUGACCGGUUAGGACUUUACACCUUCAAAAACCUCAUCAAGUUUAUCCAGUCCUGGACCAACUUGAAGCUGCAGACCCUGCCCCCCAUUCAGCUGGCCCAGCGCUAUUUCCAGAUCUUCCCUGAGGAGAAAGACCCUGUCUGGCAGGACCCUUGUGAAGACAAGAGGCACAAAGAUAUCUGGUCUAAAGAGAAAACAUGUGACAGGUUUCCUAAACUGCUUAUCAUUGGGCCACAGAAGACUGGUACCACAGCACUCUAUCUCUUCUUGGGUAUGCAUCCAGAUCUCACCAGUAACUACCCAAGCAAAGAAACUUUCGAAGAGAUCCAGUUCUUUAAUGGGCACAACUACCACAAGGGAAUAGACUGGUAUAUGGAAUAUUUCCCCCUUCCUUCAAACACCAGUUCAGAUUUCUACUUUGAAAAAAGUGCCAAUUAUUUUGACUCGGAGAUGGCACCAAAGAGGGCAGCUGCUCUCCUCCCUAAGGCCAAGAUAAUCACAAUACUCAUCAACCCUGCAGACAGAGCCUAUUCCUGGUACCAGCACCAGCGCGCCCAUGAUGAUCCUGUAGCACUGAAGUACACGUUUCAUGAGGUGAUCACUGCUGGGCACGAUGCCCCCCUCAAACUCCGCAUCUUGCAGAAUCGCUGCUUGGUACCAGGCUGGUAUUCCAUCCACCUUGAGCGCUGGUUAAACUAUUACCACUCUAACCAGAUCCUGGUUCUUGAUGGACAGAUGUUGAGGACUGAGCCAGCGUUAGUUAUGGAAAAAAUACAGAAAUUUCUUGGGCUAGUGAAUAUUAUUAAUUACCACAAAAUUCUGGCGUUUGAUCCCAAGAAAGGAUUUUGGUGUCAACUUCUAGAAGGAGGAAAGACAAAAUGUCUUGGAAAGAGCAAAGGAAGAAAGUACCCUGAGAUGGACACUGAUUCUCGAGAUUUCCUGCGAAACUACUACCAGGAGCACAAUGUUGAGCUAUCAAAGCUGCUGUACAAGAUGGGACAGUCUCUGCCCAGCUGGCUUCGAGAGGAGCUGGUGAACACCAGGUAGCAAGGAUGGUGACAGAAGCUCAGAAGGGUGGGUAAUGGACUCGCGUGCUGAUCUGCCUGACUAGACGGGAACGAAGCAAGACGACGAGGCAACGCCGAGGACUGGCCAGAGGCCCCAGCUUGGUGUCCACACUGUGGGCCGCAGGAGGAGCAACAAGAGGGAGAGAGAGCAACCGGCGAACAGCCCGAGAACUCGGUCGUACUUCUACCAUUGUAGAGCUGCGACCCUCCUCCUCCUCCUCCUCUUCCUCAGCUCGUGAAGUAGGAGCGGUGGACAAGACACACGUACUAACAAACUGUACAGCGCAGGAACCAGCGAGACAAAGGUGGGCGGACAAGGUUACAUCUUCCAACCUGAAUUGUCCACUUUGCUCUUUUUCGGUCUGCAGAGCGACUGAGUCUUCAUCCCUGGAGUGCCAGCCUAGCAAAUACACUAGCCAUUAAGGAUCUACAAGUGCCAGGAUGGAAAUUCAUUCCCUGUUAAUGUUGACUACAUGAGUUGUUCUUAUUUUUUUAAAUUUCUUUUAUUUUUACUUUAAACCAUUGUUUUUUAAACUGGUAUAGCCUUAAUAGGCUACAGGUACAGUACCUUAAGAGUAUUCAGGUAACUGGAGAACAAAGGUGGUUAGGUCUUUUUUUUCUUAUUUAAAAAAAAAUAAACUGGCUUUUUUAAAAAAUGUAUAGCAACGAUCAGCACAAUGUGAAAUGGGAUAUUCAAAAAUUUGGGUUUUUAAAAAUGAAAAUAUUUUUUAUUACAGAGUAUUAAAAAAGGAAAACAAAGCUGCAUGUCUUAAAGUAAUCCAGAACGGUGAUACUGCAAGGAGAGACAGACUGGACAGACUGGGCAGACUGGAUAAUGAAACGACAAAAUAAUCAAUUUGUUGACAGUGAUUUUUUGUAAUGGAUUAAUGGAUUUUGUUAUUGAGCCACUGAUAUUUGGGACUGCCCCAGUCUGAAGGCACAAAAUGGACUAUAGAGUCAUUGUGGGCACUGAACUGUAAAUAUAUAGAGAUUAUUAAUAUGCCUCCAGUGAAAGUCGGGUGCAGUACUCAUAGCUUGUCUUCAAGAUACAAGUGCCAUGAUAGGAGUCCAAUUAUUUUUUGUAGCUGGAGACCAAAAACAAACCAUAUCUUCCUUUGUCAGCCUCCUGAUUUCAGUUCCACUGGGCCACAAAACAAAUGUAGUAAAGUUACCCAAGUUUCAUUCACUGUAAUGUUGGUAUAAUAAUAGGAAAGGAGUCCCAGUUAGGAUCUUUGAAAAUUAAAUUACUACCUCAGUAACUUAAAUUGAACUUAAAUUAAAAGUCAAGGAUAUCCAGUAACUGGCUAGUUACAUUUGUUAGGUGUAAUCAUCUCUGUACUGGCAUUGCACACUUUAGCAUCUGCCUGUUUUUCUUAGCUGCUACAUAUACAUAUGUGUAGAUCAUGCUACAGAUAUCUUUUAUUACUGUCUGUAAACUGAUAAAAUUAUUAAUGAUUUUAUAAACCGUUAUUAAAACCCCCAAAUGUUAGUAUUAGGUACUGUAUAUGGUUUAGGUUCAGGUCAGGUAACAUAUGGCUAAUCUACAAUGCAGGCUGGUUCUCAUCACACUCAUGCCAUUCUAUUAAUAAUUGAUAAAAUGUCAGAAUGCCAAUGGCAACCCCUUAUCUAGCAUUGUGAGCUCUGUGUGUGAAUAUAUAUAUAUAGUCUUAGGUUAUAUAUUGUCUAACCUAUGUAAUCAGGGGUCUUUCAAGAUGAAAGUGCAUCUUCAUUUAGCCUCAUAAAACAGACCUCACACAGUAUUCUCAAGCUUGAAUGAUUUGCCUUGUAAUUCUAUUCGUUGAGGAAAAUGCAUGCAGUUUAUUGGCCAAAAUUUAAAAUAAAAAGUAUUGCUCUGUGCCAUCUCAUAAUAGUGAUGACAUCAGAAUACAGGAAAUUAUAUCAGCAAGGGUUUCUUACAUCUUUACUUUCAGCUACAAAAUGAGGGCUUAAAACUUUUCUUUUAGGAGAGCCAUCUAGAGAUUUCCGAGAUGAUCCUCGAGUUCAGAGCUAUUCGUUACAACUGUUCCUACAGGAGCCAAAAGUUGAUUCCGGGAUUUGGUUAUAAUCAAAAAGUCAAAAAAGAAACAGUAGCUCAUCAGGCCUAUCUGCGGGACCUUGAAAAAAUCACACAACUGAUAUAAAAAAUUGAGUAUUUUAUAUGAUUUGUGCCAUAGAUUCUGACAGACUCUGUCUGCGCUAGCUGUGACACUCGGUUCACUACAGUCACUGCCAAGACCAGCAUAAAGUGUAACUUUAAGAACGAUUUCAGGGAUUCUUACCAUAGACAUUAAUCUAUACAGUCUUUAAGAAUGAGGUCCUAUGUAUUCAGUACUAGAAUUUAAAAUGGGCCCAUCUUGCCAAACAAAGACAGAUCAGCAUUACAAGUUUUCUUUAUUACUUUCUAUAAUUAUCACUUUUUUUCUGUUGCAGUUUUCCUUUUUGUGCAAAUUGCUUAUUUGCUUCAAACACAAUCUCCCCAAUCAAGAACAUAUUUCCCCCACUCCACUCAGUACCCUCUCACCCAUCCAGUGGUUGUUUUUCUUUAAACAGAACUGCUAAUGUACAGCAUAUCCUCUUUGAAGUUCAGUUAAUUACCCAUGAAUGCGAUUUCUAGAGGGCUGUUGUCACUGAUGUCAGAUAUAGAGAACACAAAGGCCUGAUAGGUUAUGUGUAAUAAGCCCACCAAAGGCAGUUAUACCUUAAAUUAUAGCAGAAAAGGAAACUGUUCUGAACAAAGCACAUUAGCCUAAUGACCAGCUUCUACAAGCCCAGUUUUGUGCAUUUCAGAAUGGUUUUCUCAUUCAUUCACCAAGAUAAUUCUAGCUCGCAUGUAAGCCUGCAGUGCUACUGUACGUCUUGUUGCAAGUUGCCUUCAUGACAAUUAACAGAGAGAUGUUUUGCAGAAUGUGCUUCCACGGAACCACUCAAGUGUUUUCCUUUCUUAAUUUCACUCAUUUCUGUCGCCUCACAGUGAGAAUAAACUUGGCAGCACUUAGCCGGGCUAAUUUAGGUAAUUGGUUCCCUGCAGUUAAGAGUAAAUUGCAUUGCAGAUUGCUAUGCCACUCACAGUAAUGUACUCCUUGGAGUAACAGUUGUGAUGCACUAUGAAGUGACAGAUCUGGAAAAAGAAACUAGGCAGUCUAUAGUAGACGUUAGUUUGUGACUGAAGGAGAGUAUUCAUUUUGCUCACCCCAUAAUCCCAUUGUUCUGUUCACAUUGAUUCGGCCUUGCUUCCAUUAAGUGUGACUUACCAAUGUAAAUGUAGCUGAAGUGCCUUGAAUGGCCAGGAUUUGUGAAUGAAAGUCACUGAAUGAACACUUAAGGUAAUGAUUCAAAUAAUCCACAAUGGAGAACUGCUUCUCUUUUAAAUCUUAAGUAAUAUCAUUUUGCAGAAAACAGACUUAAUAUUUUAACAUGCAAAGAUUUUGUUUUUAUUGUUAUCAUUUCAUUUGUGAUGAUGAUCCAUUUCAGAGCUAAUAUCUCUAGCUGAAAGACUGCCCUGUUUGGCUCCAUUUUGAAUCUACUAAGUAGAGUUCUGCCAGGAAGAAAGUAGAUUAUGCAGACAAAAUGUGAUUGUUCAGCCUGUAUAUUUUGGCUAACUUAACCACUAACUGCAAUAUAAGUCUGCAACCAGAACAAACUGGACACAACUGGCUGCUUCAUAUACUAGGAAAGGUUCGGUUUGUACUGAAACAUGAUUUUUGUCAUUGUAAUUAAUGUGUUUGAAUAGAACAAUAGAGGUUUUUUACUGCAAUAGUGCCUGAUCUUUAUGGGUGAGAGAUAAUAGUUUUAUACAAUACAGUUGCUUCAGAAAAAUGCAAACCUGGGGAAUGUUUAUGGGAUGUUUGAACAUUUAUUCAGAUUGUAGCCCUAUGUUUUUUUAGCUCUUUGUGUUCCUUUUUGCACCUUCAGAUAUAAAUUAUGGCAGCUGUUGCCUUGCCAAGAAAACUGGGAAAUUUAAGGCUUGAUUUUUAAAUCAAACCCUCUGGCUUUUUAAAAGUUGAAAGAGCAUGUAGUAAAUGCCCAGUUAAAUUAGAUUAAGGGUUUCUUUUGAGUUUUUGUACCAUCCCACCUUCACUGCCCUUUAAGUUUCAUUCUGCUCGAUAAUAUGGCUGAUUUUUACAUCCUGUAAUUCACCAACCAUCUCACAAGUUCUUUUGUGGAAAGUUCAUUAGUGUGCUGUCGAAAUGUGUGGGCUUAUUUAUACUCUUCCUUCAUUCACAAAUUCAUCCAGUUUGAUAAUGUCGAUUAUUUCUUUUGUCAUCACUUAAUGGCUUCCAUUGUAGAAUGCAAUACCUCCUUUAUUUAAACUGCAUGAAAGGAAAUCCAAACAUAAACCCUCAAAUCUUAUUUGUAAUCAUCUGAUCGUUCUGCAACAUUAAUGCUUUUAAGUGUUUUUACUUAGGGUGUAAUGUAUUUUAGUGGAUUAGAAAUAACAGCUUAUUGUUAUCAGAACCCAGUAAAAGGUAUUGCACAGCAUUGCCUUUUACAACCACUAUACUAUAGUAAAAUAAUACUGUGUGCAUUAUUUUUAAUGUUUUUUAUGGAAGAAUUUGAUCACGUAUACAUUUGGGUAUAUAUAGUUUAUAUAAUAUAAGGGUAUGUAUGUAUGUAUUAUAGAACCCCCUACAGAAAUUUAAAAUUACAUCCGUGAGCUUAAAUCUUCUACUCUAUGCCCUCAUUUUUUAAAUGAAGAAUUCAUUAUCUUACCAUGUGGCCCAGCUUUGCUCAAAGAGUACAUUUAUGAAAAAUCCUGCUUGUUCUACAAAGAUGUUUGAAAAUGAAAGGAGGUCUAAUUGGAUUUCAAGCUGUAAGAAGUUCAGAAAAGUUAAUCUUUCUACAAAGGAUUCUAAGCAUGUGUUUGGCUGCUUAGUUGAGAGGAGCAAUUUUUCCCUUUUCUCUAGUUAAUGGCCGAAAAUGAGAAGAAGUGUUUUCAAGGCCUUUCUCGGGCAACUUGGCACCAGAUAACCAGUUUGAAAGUGCCUGGAAGUUAAACCUCUCUUUGCUGUAUUACCGGCCUAAUCUGUACGUGCGUUCUUGUGCUGCCCAGAGUCUGACAGGAAUUCCUCUUUCCUCUGCUCUUCAUGAGUUGGAAAUAACACAUCCAAGAGUUCUGAAAAAAAUAUUUCUUAGGAGCCUGAAAUACAACAUUGCUGUCGCUAAUCAAAUUUCAAAUGCAGUAGCAAGGGCUGUUGGUAAUUAAAUAUCUCUAAAAGACACUCAUGUUCCUUUCUUUUUUUUUUUGCUUAUUGUUUAACAUACAAUGUUUCAGCCAGGUCUUGUUUAGCAUUUCAUCAAGGAUGGUUUGCUGAUUCCCCAGUUCUUGUUGGGGAAAUGGUUACGUCAGAGUCAAACUUUGGGCAACAUCACGUUUCACUUGUUUUAGCAGGGUCCUUACUAAAGAUAAAAAUAUUUUCACUAUGUAUAAAAUUACUAAUUUCAUUGAUGUGAUAAACUUUGAGGCAUUCUUUCUCUGUUGAAAGUCCGGCCUGAGAUUACGGUGUUACCACUACAUUUCAACAUCACUCCUCAUAAAAAGCUGCUUGUUUUGGUAGGACUUUAUUAUUUUUAUGUUAUAAACCAUGUCAGAAACACUUUUCUUCCUGUCUUUGGUGUAAUCUUUAAUUUAUUAAAAGCAACAAGAUGUG